AUGGUGACUUUCAAGGCGGAGCCUCGCGGAAAAAAAUCCGCAAAAGGGACGAAAUCCCAGUCUACCAGCGCCUUUCUGCUCUGCCGACGAUCUCCGAUAUCUGCCGGGAAUCCGCAGAUACUUGCGGCUGAGAACAGAGCCGGUUUUCACUGGGCUUCAAGCUUCAUCGAUGACAUCUCUGACCUUAGCCCCCUAGAAGCCAUGGCCUACGACGCAAGGCGUUCGGACGGCAACUCAAACGCGUCGCAGAGGCCGACACGUAGGGGACUUCGAGGGAAGGAGAUGCCGAAAGGGUCCAAGGUACUCCUACCCUAUCCCCUUUCCCUUCUAACCUCACCCACCCCUCUCUUCACAGAGGAGGAUCUACCAAACGUCUUUUAUUAUCCAGCUCCAGAUUCUCCAAAAAAUCGACCUUCUUUCACAUCUCUCGAACCUAUACGAAUCCCUCACGGCCAGCUUGAAGGGAAAGACGUCGCUGACGUGGACGACCGAGUUCAUGGGUUUGGCAAUGGAGAGAAGGGAGGAGAGCGUGAAUGCGCGCAAGUCCAAUUACCGCAGAGCAGCUAUCAAGCCGCUCGUCAUUGCCAAGCACAAUGGUUCGCCGCGAACGUCCCCGUUCAAAGACAAUUGUGUCUUCGAAACGGACGACCAGUCUUCCGUGUUCUCGCUUUCCUUUUACGAGGAUGGCCUGGACUUAAGGACCGCCCGUUCAUUUCGUCUGAAUCGGAUGACUUCCGAUUCGACGUCGACUUGGAUCUGGAUGUGCACGUGGAAGGGGAGGCUGAGUAUCCGAUGAUGCUACCCCUCUCGCUCCAUUCGAGUCCUAAGGUCAACUUGGAAACGGACAUCGCCAGCCGCCUUGAAGAAUACCGAUGA